AUGUGCUUGGAAAGCAUGAAGCGAAACACCCCCGACUCAGAUCCAGGUAAAGAAGUGGAGUUCCCUCAUCAAGAUGCUCUGGUCAUUUUCGCCAUAAUAAAGACGAAGUUGGUGAAACAAUUGAUGAUAGAUAGAGGUAGCUCGGUCAAUCUAUUAUCUCUAUCGGAUUUGCAUGCCUUAGGAGGUAUCACCUCAGAUCUGAAGCCUUUGAACACGUCGGUGUUAGGUCUUGGAGGAACCCCGCUCAUAGUAGAAGGAAAGGUGGAUCUAGAACUGGAGAUAGGAGCUGAUUUACAACAACUGAGACAAAAGGAAAUGACUAAGGCGGAACCAACACUGAAGGUAACAACUUCAUUUGCAAUUGUUAAUAUGUCGAUAGUAUAUAAUGGUAUUCUUGGUAGACCUGCUUUGAGUGAUAUAGGAGCUAUGAUUUGUAUUCGAUAUUUAUUGUUGAAAAUCCCUACACCGGAGGGAACGAUAACUAUCAAGGGCGACCAAUAUUUUUCUAGAAACUGUUUUUUGACCACCAUGACCCACGCGGUAGUAGCCCUGGAUCUCGAGGUUCCCGACCUGAAUGACAUUGAAGGAGUGGAUCUGAGCAUUGUUUCAGAAUGCCUUUAUGUAGACAAAGAUAGCAAGCCAAUGAAACAAAACGAGAGAAUUUUUUCUAUAGAAAAGCAAAUAGCUACCCGAGUUGAAAUAGACAAGUUAAUAAAGGCUGGUUUUAUCAGGAAGGUGCAUUACCUUGAAUGGCUAAUCAACGUAGUGUUGAUAAAAAAAGCCAAUGGAAAGUGGAGGCCAUGUAUAGACUUUACCGACCUAAACUAUGCAUGCCCGAAGGAUAGUUUCCCCCUUCCAAACAUUGAUCAGUUAGUGGAUGCUACUUGUGGAUUUCUGGUUUAUGAUUUCUUAGAUGCUUCUCAAGGGUACCACCAGAUUCAGAUGAACAAAGACGACGAUAAAAAGACGAAAAAUGUGGGAGUUUAUGUUGACGACAUUGUUGUAAAGUUAUUGAGAAUCGAAGAUCAUAUCAGAGAUCUGGAAGAAACUUUUGAAAAGUCAGACAUAGGGAAGUUCCUAGGGCACCUUAUUUCGGAGAAAGGAAUGUGGAAAAAUCUGGAAAAGAUAGAAGCAGUUGUCAAUAUGAAGGUUCCUAGGUCGGUGAUGGAGCAAAGUCCUAAUAAGGCCUGCAAUCCGAUGUCCAAAGAUAGAAAAAUUUGCCCUAGCCCUGAAUUCGGCCGCCGAAAAGCUAAAGAGAUACUUUGA